AUGUCCUCUCGUCCAGACGAUACCCUGACGCACCCACGAUAUAGUAUUUUCCGCGCUUGGGAAUUUGAACUCGUGACCAUACUCCUGGCUCUAGGUCUGGUGGUCGCCAUCACUGUAUUGUUGGCUACUCACGAAGGUCUACCGGCUCCAGAUUGGGGCGAACAUCUCAAUCUCAACGCGUUGUUGGCUCUACUGUCGACCAUCCUUCGAGCUGCACUGGUUGUGAUCGUCGCUCAGAUUAUAUCGCAACGAAAAUGGGAAUGGCUUUCAGAGUCUCCACAUCCUUUGUCCACCCUCCAGAUAUACGAUUCGGGCAGUCGCGGUAGUCUGGGGGCACUGUCGCUCAUAAAAACAGUACUGUUGAAGGACAUAACAGCACUGCUCGCUGCCAGUGUUCUGCUCGUAUCAUUCCUUAUUGGCCCUGCUGUCCAGCAAGCAAGCCGUACCGCAGAAUGUUCAUUUCCUGCGCCAGGCCUGAAUGCAUCAGUGCCAUACGGGCAUUACAUUCCCCGUCGGGGAGGCUACGACCAAUCCAGCUUCGACUCCGCGAGCGGUACUCCAACGCCUGAUAUCAUCGCAGCUAUUCUGUCUGCUGCCACCAACCCGAUGGGUGUAGAGCAUCGUAUCAGCCCAAGUUGUUCCACAGGCAAUUGCACCUUCCCAAGCAUGGGAAACAAUAACGAAUCCACCGACUUCCAGGCUGUUAACACCGACACAUCGCAUUCUACAGUAGCAAUGUGUAGCGUUUGCACCGACGUGACGUCGUUAGUUUCACCGCAGAAUGUCUCCGAGGGUAGUGGCGAGUACACAUCGCCCAUGCUUUACAAUGUUCUACCCAACGGAGUCAAUGUAUCAGCGGAGUAUUCUAAAGGCUAUGUCAUGAAACUUUAUCCGACCGCCAACCUUAGCUGGAUGGGUGAAUUACUGAGCCCAGAAGUACGUCUCAAAUCAAGAUGGGCUUACUCCAACGUUACUAUGCUCGCGACAGGCAGCAGCUGUUUUUCCGGGGAGUACAGAAACGACAAUUGCACAGUCGCUGCUGCGGUAUGUAGCGUAUACCCGUGCAUGCGGACAUAUAACGUUUCAGUCACGAACAACGAACUUUCCGAAGAGAUGAUUCGGUCUGAGGUCAUGCAACCAAACGCAGAGAUAUGGAGCAUGGAGCCUGAAGAUGGUCUGGUUGGACAAAACAUGAAUGUCUCCUAUCAUAGGUCGUCGUAUUACAACUACGUUGCGGUUCGAUCGCCUUGCCCCGAGCCUAAAACCCUCCAGGACAUCCCAAGAGACAGCAGGACCCUGCCCACAGGCAAAGAGAUGUCUUUGUACGACUUCACCGACUAUGGAGGACCAGGGCCGUAUCAAUUUAGCCAUCGCAACGUUACAGCACCAGAAUCCUGCACUUACACGCACGAUGCGACGCUGGCACACAUCAUCUCGACAACCUUCAACCAAGAAAUCUUCUCUGGGGUUUGUGACUCUUACAAAAGCCUCAUGUGCGUCAAGUACAGAGACGGAGACUUCCCUGGAGGCGGUGUGUUUGAGCAGCUGGCUGUUGGCACGAUUAUGCGAAUACUCUACAACAACGGCAGGCCCUCUUUUGAGAACACCACCCGCUGGUUUGACUCUUUUGCAGACGCGAUGACAAACAAGUUUCGAUCUGAAUAUGGCACCGCAGCUAAGAAUGGAACGUUUUCUGACUAUUCUUCCUCUGGCGGCCUUCACUCCAUCGGAGAGUUUCCAUUGGAGCUUGUUCAAGGGAUCGCUUGGCAAUCCAAAACAUGCGUCGCUAUGAACUGGAAGUGGCUAUUGUUGCCUAUUAUCUUGACGUCGGUCACGAUAGCUCUAUCUGCGUGGAUGUGCUUCACCAACUGGCGCCACCGUUACAUGAAGCCUGUCUGGAAAGACAGCAUUAUGCCUUUGAUCUUUUACAAUGACCGACUCCAACCUGAUGACCUUGAAGGGCACGUAAGGAAGGAGUUGAUGUUCAAAACCAAGUCCACCAGGAGAGAUAGUCCAGAAGAAGGAGAUGAACGACUGAUGGAAGCAAGAGAGAUGGUAAAACGAGGCAGCGGUAUGGUAGUACAGUUCCGGUGGCCACGCUUUGUAGAGCAGGGGACUGAAGACCGUAUCAGCAGCUCGACCGGUACUCCCCAGAAGGAUAAGGGAUCAUUGCGGUCAAGAAGCAACAGUCCCUCCGCUGAAGGCGCUGCCCAGCAGAGUGAGAAUACCACUUUGAUCUCUACAGAAGAACCAGGUUAUGAGGAUACCGGAAGUCCUCACGAUAGACGGGACUGA